AUGGUUCCAUCCAGAUCGCUUUCAUCUCUUCUUGCCUUGCCGGCGCUUGCCUUCCUCUCGCUGUCAGCGAGCGCGUUGCCUCAUGCUCGGACGGCGUCAAGCACAGCUGCUCUCAAGCUCGCCGUUAGAAUAAACUCGUAUGGGAUGAAGAGCAUCGUGGCUGCAGAUCGAGCCCGAAUCGAAACUUUGCAAGCUCGCGGCAGCUCUUCUGUCGAUAUAACCAAUACUAGUGUGGCAUACACCGCUGACAUUGGCGUGGGGAGUCCAGCAACGUCCUACACAUUCCUGGUAGACACCGGAAGCUCAAAUACCUGGAUCGGGACCACCAAGGCUUACCAGAAGACUUCCACGAGCCAUGACACAGGCGGCACAUUCAAAGUUGCAUACGGCAAUAUGAAAAAACCUAGUUCCGCUUCUGGGGAGCAAUACUUGGACACCGUAACGGUCAAUUCUAAUCUGGUCAUCUACAACCAGUCUAUUGGCGUCGCAUCUAGCGACGCAGGGCUGGGUGAUUUGGAUGGAGUCCUUGGCCUUGGCCCAGUUGAUUUAACUGAGGGCACCGUCAGUAAUGCAGAUGAAGUUCCAACUGUGAUGGACAACCUCUAUAAGCAGAAAAAAAUUAGUUCGGAAGUACUCGGAGUGUUCUUCGCACCUGCUUCCUCUGACGAUGCCAGCGGCGAGCUCACAUUCGGCGGUUACGAUGAUUCCAAAUUUACUGGAGACAUCAGCUAUGCGCCGAUCACAUCGUCAUCUCCAGCGAAUACAUAUUGGGGUUUUAAUCAAUCCAUCACCUAUGGGUCAACGGUCAUUAUGAAUAAGACAGCUGGUGUCCUGUACGACAUCGAAACCCUUCUAAUCCACUGUUCAGAUGCCUUGAGCCUAUAUCAGUCUGCUACGGGAGCAACCCUCGACUUGAGCAUUGACAUGUUCAAGAUUACAUCUGACCAGUACGACCUGCUCAAGUCCUUGUAUUUCACCAUUGGUGGGGUUACUUUUGAGCUUACCCCAAACGCACAAAUCUGGCCUCGAUCACUGAACUCCGUCAUUGGCGGUACCAGCGACAGUAUAUACCUGGUCAUCGGUGAUACUGGGAAGUCCUCUGGUUCUGGCUUGGAUUUUGUGAGCGGCUACUGUUUCCUCGAGCGGUUUUACUCGGUGUACGACACUACGAACUCCCGAAUCGGAGUCGACCAGCGGUCCAACACAUUACAUCAGGCUGUCAGUGCUCCAUCCAGCAACGGAGAGAUGAAAGCAUGGUGCGCAUCCUCCAUUUUCGCUCCAAUAUCUAUCUCACAUUCCUAUCUUAACCACGGACUUGGCUCCCGCAAAGCUGUCUACGACAUCGCCGCAACGAAUUGUCCCGAUAUGAUCGACCCAGCUAUGGUUCGCCCUGGCCGUCUCGACAAGCUCCUCUACGUUGACCUACCAAGCGCCGACGAACGCGUCGAGAUCUUACGGACGCUAGUGCGCAAAGUCCCAUUCGCGCCUACGGAAUCAGGUGCCGAGACGAUCCUGCAGGGCGCGGAGUCCAUCGUGCGGGAGAAAUGUGAUGACUACAGUGGUGCGAGCCUGGCAGCUGUCAUGGAUGACAGCGGCGGAGUCUUAGUAGAGAAUCAGCCACGAGUAGUUCUUGUGUUGGAGGAUUUCGUCCAGGCCCAGGAUAAGGUUGGUCCCAGUGUGUCUGCUGUGCAACGGGGGAAGUAUGAAGCGCUGCGAGCCAAAUUUACUGGCCUUCCUGUGUGAACGGGGAAGGAUGUCGAUUGGAAGUGAGCUAUUGAUGGUAUCGUCAUGAUAAUGAGACGCUGACAUUUGCUUCUGUGACACAUGCGUGAUUCGCUUGACCGAGUAGGUGCUGACAUGAAUUUCGAGGCUAUUCUUGAUCCGCUUCACAACAGAUAGACACGGUCUGAACCUGCAGUACAGUGAGGUAUCGUCACAGUCCUCGUCUGGCUUUAACCCCUCUCCCCUAGUCCUUGAUUCCCCUCAUGGUACAGUCUAUGUGCAGACAGACUAUGACAUGACUGGCAUAUAUGACCUAUAACAAGGAUUGAAGUCUAGUCCGAAUUGUACUCACUAGCACCCUAUUAUGACUCCGAGCUACCCCGGUUCCCUCAACUACGUCGGAAAAAGGUCCGAACAC